AUGCCACGUUGUCUUAUGGCGAAGAAAUGGAAGGCCUAUCCAUGGCCUGAUAGACAAGAUGACGAGGAAACAGAAAUAUGUAAUGCUGAAACCGUCCAGGAAAAACGGAAGAUGGCCGUGGAGAUGGAAGAUGAAGAGAUUGAUGUGGUAGGUGACAGUAUAAGUGAAGGUAAUAGGGCAAAUCAGCAGACGUGCUGGGGUCCUCAUAGUCCUACUGCUGGAACAACCGCUCCAAGUCCACCGCCACUAAACGCUUCAGGAGCACUCUACUAUAAU